GCCGUAAGUGGUGUCUCUAUCAGUCGCGCAGCGGUGUACAGUGGCCUUAGUGGAAGAGGUUUUUUCUGUUUGUUGACGUUGUUCUGUUCUGUUCAGUUUGGAAUCAGUCAAGUUUUGGGAGUCACUGCCGCUGCCGUCAACAUGUCGGUCCCAAGCUCACUCAUGAAACAGCCGCCCAUUCAGUCUACGGCUGGGGCCGUCCCGGUUCGCAAUGAGAAAGGUGAGAUUUCGAUGGAAAAAGUGAAGGUAAAACGUUAUGUGUCGGGAAAGAGGCCAGACUAUGCCCCUAUGGAGUCCUCAGAUGAGGAGGAUGAAGAGUUUCAGUUCAUUAAGAAAGCCAAAGAACAAGAAGCAGAGCCUGAGGAACAGGAGGAGGAUUCAUCUAGCGACCCUCGGCUACGGCGUUUGCAGAACCGUAUUAGUGAAGAUGUGGAGGAGAGAUUGGCUCGACAUCGGAAAAUAGUGGAACCUGAAGUGGUUGGAGAAAGUGACUCCGAAGUGGAAGGAGAUGCUUGGCGCAUGGAACGAGAAGAUAGCAGUGAAGAAGAAGAGGAAGAGAUUGAUGAUGAGGAAAUAGAACGGCGCCGUGGCAUGAUGCGUCAACGAGCGCAGGAGAGAAAAAAUGAAGAGCUGGAAGUCAUGGAGGUGGAAGAUGAAGGACGUUCUGGGGAGGAGUCAGAAUCAGAGUCUGAGUAUGAAGAAUACACAGACAGUGAAGAUGAGAUGGAGCCUCGCCUUAAGCCAGUUUUCAUUCGGAAGAAGGACCGGGUAACGGUUCAGGAACGUGAGGCUGAAGCAUUGAAACAGAAGGAGCUGGAGCAGGAGGCCAAACGUAUGGCUGAGGAGAGGCGCAAGUACACACUCAAGAUUGUAGAAGAGGAGACCAAGAAAGAGCUGGAGGAGAACAAGCGGUCCCUGGCUGCACUGGAUGCACUCAAUACUGACGAUGAAAAUGAUGAGGAGGAAUAUGAGGCAUGGAAAGUUCGGGAGCUAAAGAGAAUCAAGAGGGACAGAGAAGAUCGAGAAGCGCUUGAAAAGGAGAAAGCAGAAAUUGAACGCAUGCGAAACCUGACUGAGGAAGAGAGGCGAGCUGAGCUUCGGGCAAAUGGCAAAGUCAUUACCAACAAAGCUGUUAAGGGCAAAUAUAAGUUCUUACAGAAGUAUUAUCACCGGGGUGCCUUCUUCAUGGAUGAGGAUGAAGAAGUAUACAAGAGAGAUUUCAGCGCACCUACCCUGGAGGAUCAUUUCAACAAAACCAUUCUUCCCAAAGUCAUGCAGGUCAAGAACUUUGGACGCUCUGGUCGUACCAAGUACACCCACCUCGUGGAUCAAGACACCACCUCCUUUGACUCAGCAUGGGGCCAAGAGAGUGCUCAGAACACAAAGUUCUUUAAACAAAAGGCAGCUGGGGUACGAGAUGUAUUUGAGCGGCCAUCUGCCAAGAAGCGGAAAACUACUUAGAGUUCAACUACUUAUUCUUCCAACUGUGGGACACAAGGGGAAAUCUCAGCAUCUGGUCCUUGAUUGUUUUUACUACUAUUUACAUGGCCCCUGUAUCCAGCCUGCUGAGCCUACUGCCAUACUUGUGACACUGGGCAAACCUAGUCUUUGAGGUGCUUUGUGAGGUUUGGACUCAUGCUGAGAAACCUGCAGAAAAGCACUGUCCAGGUAGGAUUAGAGCCUCCCCACUUAGGAUUAUUUCUGAGAAAUCUUCAACUUCAUUACUGCUCUGGCUUCCCAUAUUCACUUGGGACUGUUCCAGGUUUCUUUUUCCAGCCCUUAGCUUGGGUUAGAAAAAUGGAUGGGCAUGUAAGCGGACAAUGCGUUACUUCUACCGUACAGGAAAUCUAAGCUCAUUGAAACCUGUUUUGCAUUUUUGGGGUAAAUUUUUCUAGAUGAACUUUUUGAUCCAUUUAUGUGUGUGUAUGUGUGUCAAGAAAUAAAAGAAUCAUACACCAAGAGGUUUUUUAGCAUACCAGAAAUAAAAUGUGCAGGCUGACAAGUACCUACCUAUUAACUA